AAUGAAGACAAUUUUGGCUAACUGCUAUACCCACCAGACCCCCCCCCCCCCAUGGGCAUCCAAUUAGGGCAUGAUCACCCGGCCCCAUCAGGAUUUUUGAGGGGGGAUCCAUAAUAUAGAUGAAGAUCACAGGAGGCCAUGGUUAUCACCGGAGGUUUAUCAUUAGAUUAUAUGUAUUUUAAUAGUGCAUAUUUUCCAAAACUACAAAAUAGUUGUGGACUCCUACACGCGGGAAGAUCACUUGCUCGGAGACCGUGGCCACCGGAUCGCGGAGCGGCGGGCGCGGCUGGCCUCGGCCUCGGAUAGCCGCGCCGGUCGAGAACUCUAGUUGGCCACCACCAGAUGCAUGCUCCCGUGACUUGAGAAAUCAUGGAUGAAAUAGAACUAUCAGAUUUCAAGUAUUCCCAUUUAGAUGAUGAUAGGAAAGAAGCGAUAGAAAAUGGUCAUCUUGAAUCAGAACAUGCAUGCCUACUUGAUUCGGAAAAUGAUGAUGAAAAAGAGUACACCGUUGAGGAAGCAAUUGAUGCCCUUGGGUUUGGUUGGUUCCAAAUCAGAACUGCCAGCAUUGUUGGGUUUCAUAGUAUGGCCGAUGCAUUUGAGAUCAUGCUGGUUAGCGUGCUCUCUAACAAGCUCAAGUGUGAAUGGAGAUUGUCGUCAUGGCAACAGGCACUCUUCACCACCGUGGUGUUCGGAGGCUAUUUCUUGAGCGCUCCGCUGUGGGGUCUGAUCGCUGAUAGACUAGGCAGGAGAUCAACACUUGGUUUAUGUUCAUUCUACAUUUUCUACUUCGGAGCUCUGAGUUCAUUAUCGCCCAAUUAUUUAUGGCUUCUCUUCUUGCGAGGACUGGUCGGGUUCGGAUUAGGAGGGGCAUCUCAGGGAGUUACAAUUUUAGCAGAAUUCUUACCCUCGAAGACAAGAGGCCUGUGUAUUGCAUUCCUCUCUGUGUUUUGGGUAACGGGAGUAUGCCUCCAGGUGGUGCUAUCAUUGAUUGUAAUGCCUUGGCUGGGAUGGCGAUACCUCAUGUUCUUUUCAUCCUUUCCACUCUUUUUCUUCUUUUUACUGCUGAAGUUUGUUCCCGAGAGCAUCCUUUUCCAGCAGGGCACUGGAAAUCUCGAGGGUGCCAUGGCAACGCUUAAAGUGAUAUCUCAAUUGAAUGGGAGGCCGUUGCCUCCUGGGCGUCUCAAAAGCAAUAUUGAAAUUAAACCAAAAGGAAAGCUUGCAGAACUUUUUAAAACCAGAGAUUUUACAGUAUCCACCUUCAUUUUAUUACUUAUAUGGUUUUCUAUGGCCUUUUUAUACUAUGGUAUGGUUCUUAUGGCCACUGAAUUAUUUUCAUCGGGGAAUACUUGCGCAUCUGAACCUGAGGCAGCAAUUGAGUGUUUUGCUGCUUGCAGAUCACUUGAUAAAAAAGGAUAUCUUCAAAUUCUUGUCACAUCCUUGGCAGAAUACCCAGGAAGCAUUAUGACAUUCAUAAUUAUUGAGUGGUUUGGAAGAAGAAAAACGAUGAGCUUUGAAUUAUUAAUCGGCAGUAUAUUCUCUUUCCUGCUCUUCCUAUGCACAUCAAGUAAUAUACAAAUGAUCUUCAUCUUCGUAGUCCGAGCAAUGAUAGCUGGCUCCUUCCAAACGCUAUAUGUUUAUACACCAGAGGUUUAUCCAACCCAUGUGAGAGCAUUAAGCCUUGGUGUGUGUGUGUCGUCAUCAAGAAUAGGGGCCAUUCUUACUCCAUUUGUAGCACAGGUAAUGAUAAAAACAUCUGUGCUGACGGCCAUAGGUGUGUACGCAAGCUUCUGCCUCCUCUCUUGCCUAGUGUCAUUGUUUCUACCCAUUGAAACAAAAGGAAAGAUUCUCAAAUAAUAUAUGAAAACAUCUUGUCCCAUAUUCUCAAGUCAGGAUUAAUGUAAACUCAGGUCUAAAGUUGCGGUUUAUUUAUCGAUAACCAUUUGUGAUAUAAAUCUCACAAAUUAUUGACUACUCCGCUGGAAAGUUCAGGUCGGAUCCCGGUUUGUUUACUUUUCAUCCCAUUUCAUGUCAUAGUGAAACAGGGGCUUCUCCGGGUAAAGGACCGCUGAUCCCAUUGUUCUCCUUUGAAAUGAAAACGUAUUUUUGUGUAUGUUCUUGAAAUUAUGAAGAAGGGGUGAUUUAGUUCGUAAAAUUUUAUUUGAAAUGCAAAAAUGGGAGUGGUUUUAAAGGUUAAUUUGUAGCCAUUUUCGUGUAAAAAAUAAAAAGGGGGGGUGUCAAAAUUGUGAAAAAUUAUUUAAAACUUCAGGGGAAAGGGGGUACUUUAUGACUGUGGGUACGAUCAUGCAUUAUGCCGUUGAAUAGGAAGUGACGCCAGUGGGGACAUCUCUUGAAGGAUUUCAUGGAAGUUGUCAACAGUGACUUAAAACUGUCCGCUCCUCUCACAAUUUGAGUUAAAUCCUUGGCCGAAAAGCACUGGUUUAUGGCUGUGACUGUAAUGGUACGUAGUAGUAGUAGUAGUAGUAAAUCCAAAGUUUUUAAUCCGGUUUUGUCCAUGUGAAUAGUAUGAUGUCAAGGUCAGUGGUCAGUUCCUUAGACCCUCAUUUCAGGGUUUUGUGAGGCACACCCCAUCAAAAUAUAAUUUGAGUGCCCCCCCCCUCCCUGGCCCUCCUGGGUAAGUCACCAGGAUAGGUUCUCUAUAAUUAACAAAAACAGUAAUUUAGAUAUGAAACAAGCACAAUUAUAAAAUUAGCUUAGAUGAAAGAGUAAUUCUUCUUUAUACUGUCAAAAUUUUGUUAAGUUAAAUGGAAAACAAUUUUGUAAAGCAAGUUUUUGCGGAUUGCUUGGAAGUUAAAGUGAGAUUGCAAAAUGUGCACAUCUCAUGCUCAAAGGAAUCCUAAACCUCAAAUGUUGGUUUCUCUUUAUUUGUUUGAAGCUCUUGCUUAUUUUCUUCUCCGAUGAAUCAAGAACUUUGUGGGUUAUUAUUGAUCAAUUUUGACAAGUAAUGUAUCAUUUUAAUUUCUUUUAUUUUUAUCAAACUUAAUAAAAAUCUUUAAAAAAUCAUUUUCGGCAACCUAUCUUUGGUUUUGGGGUGACUGUUAAUUACUCGUCUUACUUCGCACAAAUUGUUUGUUUGUUUUUUUACUCUCAGUUUUUACACUCUAGUUUCAAAUUUAGUAUAGGCAUUAAUAGUUAUUAUUUUUAAAAUAGUGAAUUUGAUAAUUAGCGCUCUAAAUACACAUUUGUUGUGUUUGAUUUCUACUGAUAACCCCUAUAAUUAUAAUAUCAAGUGCAAUUCCUCAGCUGUAUAAAGCUGUGAAAUUUAUUGCACUAAUUAUGUGUAGAGUGAUCUUGCAUUAUAAUUGUGUACACAGUGUUGAUUCUAUAUUACUGAAAUAGUUUUGAAACUCAAUGUGGAAUCAUUAUGAUGUGCAGUAAUAUUAUCAUUGUUUUCUAAUUAACUUAAAUUUGAACAUGUAUUUGAUAACUUUUAUCUGUCGCUUCUUUGAUAUCUCCAUUUUAUAUUAUGAAUUUUGAUAUUUGUUGACCAAAAUUGAAGACUGAAUGUAUACAUCAGACACGGGUGGGUUAAAAGACCAUUACGAGUACAGAUAUCAAUUGUCUUUCUCUGUCUAUAAAACAUUUUUAAUAAGCCAGUGUUAGAAGGCCACCACAUUAAAUCUGAACAUUCCAAGUAUAAAACAGCCAGCUUCUGAAGUCUUUCUAGACAUUGUUGUGUCUGUGCAUGAACGCCCUUUUUAGCAAACAUUUUCGUGCACCGCAUUGGCGCAGAAACACCUUUACCCGAAUUACUUAUGUAAAUAAGGGAAUUUUUGUGCCCAUGCAAUGUGUGAAAGUGUGGUGUGAAGGCUGUUCUUGCACCAAAACGACAGUAUAUCUAAAAAACACCCCCGCCCCCGCAUAAAAAGGUCAAAGUAUUCUUUCAAACUUUCACCUGUAUGCUUCUCUGUAAAAACAAUUCCCAUAUUGGUUGGAUUCAUCUUUACACAAAUGUGGGAACUUUUCCAGUCACUAGCCAUAUCUAUCUAGUAUGAAAAAUGAUCAAAGCUCAGAUGUCAUGCUUGUAAAAUUAGAUUUCAAUAUUUAUAAAUAUUAUUUAAUAGAAUAAAAAUAGUUGACACUGACAGGCUGGGAAAAAAGUACUGCAAAGCGAAAAAGCUGGGAAAUCUUUUACACGUUUGUAUUCCUAACAUGAAGUUAAGCUACAUAAUUCACUGCACUGGCGUAAAUCCUUGCGUGACACCUAUUGUUCAGGGGGAUGGAACAAUAGAUAAUUCCCCCCCCAAAAAAAAAAAAAAAAAAAAAAAUAGGUGUGAUGCAAUGAUUUACGCCAGUGGUUCGCUGUACCUCAUAUGAGAAUAAGUCACACCUCAUAAAACAAAGUACAUGUACAGCAGUAUUAAUUGAUGUGACUUGCUCCAAGAUAAUAUUAUUUUAGGGGCACUAACCUUUGUAAUACCUCAUAUGGCUUUGUAUGUUAACAUAUCCUCCUAUAUCAUAAUGAUUAGAUGAGAUUUAUAUUUAUAUAUAAUUCUAGUAUUUAAAUUAUUUUGUAAUAAAAUUGGGACUAUAUGGCAUGUAAUAAAUAAUUGCUGUAUUGACUCUGU